AUGAGGACAAGCAGUGAUCAGGGCGGCCAUUGGAAUACUAAAUCUUGCUACAGUCUUACCUCAGUGCAGGAUUGCAGUUUAAUAGGAGUAGAAAUGGGGAGGAACGUUUUUACAGCGUCGCGAGGGCUUGUCGGUGAUAUUGCUAUUAAUUAUUUCAUGCCUGAUCCAAGAAAGUUAACAUUCCCGAGUGUACCCGGACGACGACGGCAAAUGGUGGAAAAUAAGGGGAUGAUGUAUCUAGAAAAGCUUAUCUUGAUUUUGGAGAAGAGGAAGAUGAACCAAACCUUGCUUCCCAAUAGUAGUACUCUGCUUCACUUGCUUGAAAUUCCUCGGCUUAUGAUUUUCCCCACUGGGAUGAUACGGAUAUCGACUUUAAGGUGGAUGAAGGAGGAGACUACUCCAUCCUCCCCUUCUUGGGUUUAUUUGAUUGGUAGAAUGUGUACAAUCGACAUUAAAGUGGAAGUUAACUUGGGCGCAACUCAGAAAUCUCUGCCUGUGGAUGCCUCAUCAAUUUAUGGUCAGGCAGUUCUUCAACCAAAGUCUGGACUUGGUGGUGCAGGUCACUCUGAAGGAAUAUGUUAUGUCAGCUUUUUCACAAAUUGA